AUGUCAAAAUGCUCAAAUAUUAAAAAGCAAGUGGAUAUAUUGGGAGAAGUAGUUAUAGCAUAUAGUUAUUUAAAUUUAGAAGGGGGAGUAAUACUAAAACAUACUAUUAGAUAUUUAAAGACUACAUUCUUCCCUAGUAAUACUAAUAUCUUGAAAAGUAAUAAAAAGAAAGAAAUACGUAAUAAAAAGAACAGUAUUGAGAAUGGGCCCGAAAAAACUCUAACAGAUUUUCUACUUAUGUAUUGUAUAGAAAAAGUGGUGGAGAGUAGCAGAGAAGUAUACCAAAAUCACAAAGAAAAUAUAAAGGUAUCAGGAGAAAACAAUUACUCCUAUCCAAUAGAAAAGCUUUUUUUAUAUAACAGGUUUGAAAAGACUGAAGAUAGAAUGAAAAUGAUACAUUAUAUUCGGGAGUGCCUCUUAAUGUAUCGAUUAGAAGAAGCCGAUCCGUGGUCGCGGUUCCUAUCUAAUAUAAUAGGAAGUCUUCCGUUAAAUGACUUAAAUACAGUAAAAAGAGUUUUUUUCAAUCCAUUGUAUAAAGAAGGAUUAUACAAAAGUUUUUGUACAAAAGUCAGUAUAUCUCUAAUACCAUUUGAUAAACAUAUUGAUUCAGACGAUGCAGGUAAAUAUUAUAGGCAUUAUAUAAAUAAUAGCAGUUUACUCGGCGGAUAUUUAAAGAUUUUAAAGAUAUAUCUAACAAUAGAAGGUAAUAUAAGUUGUUUUUUCACAGUUGCAAUGCGAAUCUUUGGAGAAUCUACUUUUAUUAAACUUUUUUCUGUGUUGACGCAUGAUGGUAAAUCUAUGGAUUCAUUACUAGAAAUUGAAGAGUUUUUAAAUGGCAUAGACAGAGGGCUUCCAAAAUAUAAAACAGUCAUAGCAGCUGAUGAUAUGUGGUUAAUUUGGCUUAAAUUAUCUUUUUGGUCAGAUAAAUUCAAUGAUAUUAGAUCUAGGCUUUUUGAUAAAAUUGUGAUUGAUACAAAUUUUAGCACAAUUAAAGGAGUUAAGCACGAAUAUACAGAUGAAAAUAUUAAUAAGGCAAUAUCUAAGUUUAAGAAAAAAAAUACCCUCCUGAUGUAA